AUGUGCGUUGUAUCUCAUUUAACCACAGUUUUCUGCCUACACCAGAAGUGAAUAUGGACAAUCCUAAAGGAUACACUUUGAGCCCAGCCGUGUCUGUUCCACCAACUUAUGAUACCGCGUUCCAUGGACCGGAAGUGCUUAAAAACAUGCCUUACUAUCAAUUGGGCGAGACCGAUAUGAUUGUCUCAAAGCUAAGUCUAGGAGGCACAGCCUUGGGUUCAGGUUCAUGCGACCAAGAAAUGGUUGAUAAUAUUCUAUGGACAGCGGUAAAAGCGGGUGUGAAUUAUUUCGAUACCUCGCCGUGGUAUGGAUCGAGAGCUUCGGAAAAGGUUAUGGGAAAAGCCUUGAAGAAACUACCAAGGAACACGUACUAUAUUGCCACUAAAGUGGGACGAUAUCUACCGGAGGUUCAACUCCAAUUCGACUUCACGAGGCAAAGAGUGAGAGAUUCGGUCUUGGAAAGUAUGGCCCAUCUGCAAGUGGAUUAUCUCGAUCUGGUUCAAGUUCAUGACGUGGAAUUCUGCCGUUCCAUGGGGCAAAUCGUUCAACACACUCUGCCUGCGUUGAAUGAGCUGAAAGCCGAAGGUAAAAUCCGGUAUAUAGGUAUUACGGGGUAUAAUCUGGGGACUUUGAAGAGGAUCGUGGAAUUGAGUUGCGAUGGGACCGUCGACACCGUUCUGAGUUAUUGCCGCUUUUCACUUUUUAAUACGGAUCUAAUGUCCUAUUCCGCUUUCUUUGAAAGUCGAAGGAUUGGCGUCAUCAACGCCUCGCCGGUUGGAAUGGGUCUCAUAACUCCUCACGCUGUUCCAACUUGGCAUCCCGCUACCAAAUCUAUGAAGGUCACAUGUUCCAAAGCAGCCAUUUAUUGCGAGAAAAUGGGCAUCAAUCUUGCUGCCCUGGGAGUGAAAUGGUGUCUCCAUCAACCCAAUUUUCCAACCACUCUCAAUAGUUCCACAUCAGUGGAGAUGUUGGAACAGAAUCUGUCAAUGCUGAAGGAUCAGUGGACAGAAUGUGAUGAGUUAUUGGUGGAGGACCUCAAACGGAGAUACUUCAAUACCAUGAUUGUCGAUCAAUGGGAGAACUUGGAGCCUGCCAAGUAUUGGAGCAAGAUGGAGAAAGCUUUGGCCUUUCAACCCACAGACAUCCCAACUAAGGAAGAAUAUGACUAGCUGCCAUUAUAACGUAUCUUGGUCAUGAAACCAAGGCAAUCGUAUUCAAGCCCUGAGUGACUGGAAGUAGUUUCGCAACGUGAAAACAUCCGAUUGUCGUCUUGUCUGCUAAUGCUAAGAGUAUUCUUUUUUACUAUUUACGAACCAACGGAACUCCAUAUUGAGAAAUGAAAAUUAUUGAACAGAA